CACAGUGGCAGCGAGCUCUCUGCUUCUCGCCCGCUCCGCCUCCAUGGCCGCCGCCACGGGCCCUGUCCCGUACAAGGAAGUCGGCGACGAGGGCACCGCAGCGCGCGAUCCUCUUCCCCGGGACGAGUUCGCCGGCCUCGUCGCGUCUCUGCCGCGGAAGGAGCAGUUCCUCGACGGCCGCCUCUACCAGGGCUUCUGGCUGCCGGAGCACUACCUGCCGGGCGUCGUCGCCUUCCAGCGCCGCUUCACGCCGCGCCGCCCGGACGACGUGGUCCUCGUCAGCUUCCCCAAGUGCGGCACCACGUGGCUCAAGGCGCUCGCCUUCGCCGUCAUGGCGCGCGCCGCCUACCCCGCCGCCGCCGGCGACCACCCGCUGCUCCGCCUCAACCCGCACGACUGCAUCCCGUUCGUCGAGGACGUCUUCACCGACGGGCACGAGGCCAUGCUCGACAGGCUCCCCUCGCCGCGGCUCAUCAACACCCACGUGCCGUACCCGUUGCUCCCGGAGGCGGUCACCGGCGACGGCGGCUGCAAGGUCGUCUACAUCUGCAGGGACCCCAAGGACAUGGUCGUCUCGCUGCACCAGUUCCUCCGCCGCCUCCAGCCGGACCUGUCGUUCGCCGACAUGUUCGACUCCGUCGCCGUCGACGGCACGGCGCCGUACGGCCCGAUGUGGGACCACGUCCUCGGGUACUGGCGCGCCAGCCUCGCGCGCCCCGACCGGGUGCUCUUCCUCACCUACGAGGACCUGCUGCAGGACGCCGGCGAGCACGUCAGGGCGAUGGCGAGGUUCAUGGGGCGGCCGUUCUCGCCCGCGGAGGAAGCCGCCGGCGCCGUGGAGGCCGCCGUGGAGCUGUGCAGCUUCGAGAAGAUGAAGGGCCUGGAGGUGAACAGGAGAGGCACGUCGGGGUCGUACAAGAGCAUGCCGCGCGACGCCUUCUUCAGGAAGGGGGUCGCCGGAGACUGGGUGAACCACAUGUCGCCGGAGAUGGCGGCGAGGCUGGACGAGGUCUUCCGUGACAAGCUCCGUGGAACAGGGCUCACCAUUCCACGAGGACCACGACACGGGUAGUUGUCGACGUCACCGUGAAUGCGUGACCUGUUUUGGUCGGGUUGUCUGUAUAGGUCCGAGUGGAACAGUGAUUCAAUAGAAUAACCUUUUUUCCGUACUUCCCGUCAACGUUUGUACAUAUUAAAAUAAAAUACACCUCGUACUCUGGACUAUUUCGCGAGAUUUUGGACUAUUUCGCGAGACAUG